ACCCGGAAAUAGUUAACCAAAAGAGUUUUACCGCGGAAAUUAAGCAGACAGACUGAGACGGGAGAAGAAUUAAAAACAAUUAAAAAACCACUGAACAGACUAAAAAAAGUAGUAUUAAAUAGAUAUUAUUGUCAUCAUAUUAUUAUUAUACACUAGUAAAAGACCUCGGCAGGUCAGUCACAUAGAGAUAUUAAACUUUGACCGACUACUAUGGACGAGGAGUACGACGAGAUGUUCGGGACACCGGACGAGUACGAACAACAGUUCGCCGAUGAGCUGCAGGUUCUGGCUGAGAUGGACUUUGAUCCGGCCCCGUCCACUAAGCGGUCAGAGUUCAGGAAGCAGAAACCUCAGUUGUUCCAGGAAGCCAUCACCGCUGGUGACCAGCCACUCAGGAACCAAUCACAGGCAUCGUCAGAACGGAGCCUCGGCCAAUUGGAAGGCCCGCCUGUGACGUGUGACAGAGAGGACAUAGAACACCUGCUGGCGGAUGAGCCAAUCACUCCCAAGGCUAAGCGUCUGAGGCAGGAUGUGGCCAAGAAGCUGUUUGAGGUGUCUCAGGUUGAUGACAUCACGCCCCCAUCGUCUCCAGAGGAGUUCCAUCGACCUCCGAGCAGCAGACCCCAGCCAGUCCCGGUGAUCUUGGACAUCAGUGGCUUCGCAGCCAUCCAGGAGUCUCCUCGGAGAGUCGCCGCGGCAACGUCGUCGUGUCACGUUCUGAAGCGCCCCCCGGCCGAGGGGGGAUACGUUAGCGUGACGGACCAGACGGGAAACCGGGUCUACCUACGGCAAACAGACGACCUGAGGGGAAAGGCUGUGGACCCCAGUGCUCUUCGUAGCUCCCAUAAUGCAUUGGGUUUGCUGGCUGUUCCCAUUGAGGUCCUGAGAGAACAGGUGGCCGAGAAGCGUCAUCGCCAAGUGGUGGAGGAAUCUCAGCGCCUAACAGAGCUACUCAACAGUCAAGUGGAUGAAGAGUUUGGAGAGCUGGACGGCAGACGGAGAGAAGAGGGGGAUCGAGAGGAAGAGGAGGAGGAGGAAUCUUCCCGUCUCUGGGUGGAUCAGUUUUCUCCUCAACACUACACUGAACUACUCAGCGACGACUUCACCAACCGCUGUCUGCUGAAGUGGCUGAAGCUGUGGGACCAGGUGGUGUUUGGACGAGAGAGGAAGACACGCCCACCCCCAGCCGAGAGGCCCGACCAGAGCACCGCCAAUCAGGACCGGGGACGCUUUCAUUCCACCAAUAAGGGCCGGGGACGCUUUCAUUCCACCAAUCGGAGCCAGGGAAACUUUAAUCAAGCCAAUCAGAAAUUUAAAACCAAGACUCAGAUCACUGAGGAGAUUCUGGAGGCCGAACUGGACCAAUACAAAAGACCCAAAUACAAGGUGGUGCUGCUGUCAGGUCCUCCAGGUUUAGGGAAGACCACUCUGGCCCACAUCAUCGCUAAGCAUGCUGGGUACAACGUGGUGGAGAUUAACGCAAGUGACGACCGCAGUGCGGAGCUGUUCCAGAAGCGUAUCGACACAGCGACCCAGAUGAGGUCAGUGCUGGGAGCCAAUGAGAAGCCCAACUGUCUCAUCAUCGACGAGAUCGACGGAGCGCCCGCCGCUGCCAUCAGCAUCCUAUUGGCCACUCUGAACAGGAAGGACAGCCAGGGGGCGGAGUCAGAGGCGGAGCCUCUAAAGAAGAAGAAGAAGAGACUGGUCCUCCUCCGUCCAAUCAUCUGCAUCUGUAAUGACCUGUACGUUCCAGCCCUGAGGCCUCUGAGGCAGCAGGCGUUUCUAUUGGCCUUCCCUCAGACACAGCCUUCCCGCCUGGCACAGAGAUUGGCUGAGAUCUCCAGGGGUCAUGGUAUGAAGGCUGACAUGGGGACUCUGAUGGCUCUCUGUGAGAAGACUGACAACGACAUCAGAUCCUGCAUAAACACACUGCAGUUCCUCCACGGUCGAGGGAAGAGACAGCUGGACGUGCAGUCGGUCCAGUCCAUGAGGAUCGGCCAGAAGGAUCAGAAUAAAGGAAUGUUCAACCUCUGGCAGGAGAUCUUCCAACUGCCACGCAUCAAACGGAAGCGUGUGGGGGAGGAGCUGGAUGAGGGGCUUAGAGAAGGAGGCGGGGCCGAGAGACUACAGCACAUUCUUCACCUGGCCUCAUCCACCGGAGAGCACGACAAACUCACACAGGGUCUCUAUGAUAACUUCCUGUCUAUGCGUGUGAAGGACCCCAGUCUUGGCGGAGUGUGUGAGGCUCUGGAUUGGCUGGGCUUCUCAGACGGGUUGACCCAGGCCAUGCUGCAAGGACAAAACUUCUCUCUGCUUCGAUACCAGCCCUUCCUCCCUGUUGCUUUCCACUUCCUGUUUGCUCACACACACGUCCCCCGCAUCAACUACCCCCACAGCCAGUAUGAGGCUCUAACUAAGACCUCAGCCAGCAGGAACGCUCUGGCGGCCAUGUUGUCUGAAGUCCCAGCAUGCAUCAGGACCAGAAUCAGUGAGCUCAGUCUCAGUCUGGACAUUCUGUCUCUCCUGCUGGAAAUCAUCUGUCCUAAACUACGACCUGUGAACCCUCAGCUGUUCAGCGACAGAGAGAAACAGCAGCUGGUCGAUCUGAUCGACACCAUGAUCUCCUACAACCUCUCGUACAGACAGGACAGAACGCCUGAUGGACAAUACGUCUACGUUCUGGAGCCGCGCGUGGAGCAGGUGGUGUGUUUCCCAGGCUUGCCCCCCCGCAGACAGCUGACCUACCAGACCAAACAGACGAUCAGCAGAGAGACUGACCAGGAGAGGAUGAGGAGAGCAGAAUCACUGAUGCAGCUACGCAACCCGCACACGGAGGAGAAGGUGAAGCAGCCUAAGGUGGUGACGACGUCGUCAGUCAGGAACCACCAGCAGAGGCUGGAGAACAUCCUGAGGAACACUGUAGUCGAGAUCAGGCCGGAGGUGGAUUUCUUUGGCCGAGCCGUCGCCCCCAAGGAGAAACCACAGGUGGUCUCUGCUACAGGGGAGGUGUGUGUGGAGGUUGCCAUGGGGACAGCGGUUGGCAACAGUGACGUGUGGUUCCGUUUCAACGAGGGCGUGUCCAACGCCGUGCGACGCAACAUCUACAUCAGAGAACUGCUAUAACACACACACACACACGUUAGAAUGUUAGUAUGUAAAUGACCACGAGUCAAUCUGUCAAACCACCUCUUUAUUAUGUUUGAUUGACAGUGGAAACAGCCAAUAAAAACGUUUGUAUUCUGAUUGACAGUAGAAACAGCCAAUAAAAUCAUUUGUAUUCUGAUUGACAGUAGAAACAGCCAAUAAAAACAGUGUAUUCUGAUUGACAGUGGGGUAAAAAGCCAAUAAAAAGUGAGUUUGUUGUUAACUAAAA